AUGGGAAUUGAAAAACUUUACGCUCGUCAAAUCUACGACUCUCGUGGUAACCCUACCGUCGAAGUUGAUCUCACUACUGAGACUGGCAUCCACCGUGCCAUCGUCCCCUCUGGUGCUUCCACUGGUGUCUGGGAAGCCCUUGAAAUGCGUGACGGUGACAAGUCCAAGUGGGGCGGUAAGGGUGUUUUGAACGCUGUUGCCAACGUCAACAACGUUAUUGCUCCUGCUCUCGUCAAGGCUAACCUUGAUGUCACUGACCAAAAGGCCGCUGAUGAGUUCCUCCUCAAGCUCGACGGUACUGAGAACAAGUCCAAGUUGGGUGCUAACGCCAUCUUGGGUGUCUCCAUGGCUGUCUGCCGUGCUGGUGCCGCUCAAAAGAAGCUCCCUCUCUGGAAGUACAUUGCUGAAGUUUUCGGCAACAAGGGCCCCUUCACCCUCCCCGUUCCUUCUUUCAACGUUUUGAACGGUGGUGGUCACGCUGGUGGUGAAUUGGCUUUCCAAGAAUUCAUGAUUCUCCCCGUCGGUGCUCCCUCUUUCUCUGAAGCCAUGCGUUGGGGUUCCGAGACCUACCAAGCCCUCAAGUCCAUCGCCAAGAAGCGUUAUGGUCCUUCCGCCGGUAACGUCGGUGACGAGGGUGGUAUUGCUCCUGACUUGUCUACUCCUCAAGAAGCUCUUGACCUCAUUGUCGAAGCCAUCAAGAACGCUGGUUACGAAGGUAAGAUCAAGAUUGCUCUUGAUGUCGCUUCCUCUGAAUUCUACGUCGACGGCAAGUACGACGUUGACAUCAAGGCCAAGAACCCCAAGCCUGAAAACAAGCUCUCUUUCGAGCAACUCACCAAGGUUUACUCUGAGCUCUCCAAGCAAUACCCCAUCAUCUCCAUCGAAGACCCCUUCGACCAAGACGACUGGUCUGCCUGGAGCCACAUGAAGGCUGCCACUAACUUCCAAAUCGUUGGUGAUGACUUGACUGUUACCAACACCAAGCGUCUCACCACCGCCAUUGAGAAGAAGUGCGCCAACGCCCUUCUCUUGAAGGUCAACCAAAUCGGUACCGUCUCUGAAUCUUUGGCUGCCGUCAAGAUGUCCUACGAUGCCGGUUGGGGUGUCAUGGUUUCUCACCGUUCCGGUGAAACCGCCGACACUUUCAUCUCCCACUUGACUGUCGGUAUCUCCUCCGGUCAAAUCAAGUCUGGUGCUCCUUGCCGUUCUGAGCGUUUGGCCAAGUACAACGAACUCCUCCGUAUCGAGGAAGAGCUCGGUGGUGAAAAGGCUCUCUACGCUGGUGAGAAGGCCACUGACUACAUUAAGGGAGUUUUCUAA